AUGGCAGAAGACCACACUCCCCUAUACAAAACUAUCGCUGAGCAAGUGGCGGCUUACAUCGACCUCGCGGUCACGGCUCCUCCCGUAGAACCGUGGCGCCCACCUUUCACUGGAGAAGAAGAUGAACUCCCUAUGGAAGUUUUGUAUGACUACGACGAAGUUUUUCCCCUUCCUGCCGGUCUAGACGCACUCCUCGGUACCGUUGCAAUUUCGGACGGCCACAGGCAGACUUUCCAACAAGUUCUUUCUGAUCUUUUGCACUUGCCUCUGAACGGAGGCGUCGAAUACCAUAUCAAAGAGCUUCGUCUUGCUUAUCGUUCCAGAAAAAACAGGUCCCUUUUUACUUGGGAUAUCGCUCGUCCUACUCGGCUGGUGGCCAAUUAUAAUCUCCUUGGCCGAGCAGAGGGUAUUCUUAAAGACCGUGCCCAUCCGCCAUACCCUCUGACGGUUCAAGACGUCCCCUUCUUGCAACCGCCAGUCCCUGGUUCGAACAAGGAAAAACCUCUGCCCUCGUAUGUUGGCGCUCACGUUCACGCCCGACUUGUUCAAGCAAAAUCCGACCUCGAUAUCCACGCACCGAACCACGAUCUUGAAAUCCUUGGCUAG